CGCAGUAGGCUUGAAGAUAAAGGAGUAAAAGUGAGGUUUGGCGCAUUCAGGCACGGUUUUAGGGGUCGCAAGCGAACUGUGCUCAUCUAUCUAGUUGUCUGUCACGGUAUUAUUUUCAAGAAAUACCUACUUGCCGAUUUAAACUUUGUACCGUGUCCGCUUUUCUUCGUGUACAACAACCGGCCGUCCAUUUACUGGAGCAGGCUUGGACGGAAAUAGAUUGCAAAAAAAAAAUGCCUCCCAUCGAAAAUGACACCGGGAAGAAUGAGCUGAAAACGCGAAUACAGUCGCUCAUUGACGCCAACCAAGUGAUGGUUUUCAGCAAAAGUUACUGCCCGUUUUGUGUGAAGGUAAAAAACUUGUUCAAGGAGCUGAAAGUAGACUACAAUGUGGUGGAGUUGGAUCUUAUAGAGGAUGGAACCAACUACGUGGAACUGCUCCUUGAGAUGACAGGACAGAAAACCGUUCCUAAUGUGUUUGUCAACAAAACACAUGUCGGUGGCUGUGACAAAACGAUGCAGGCCCAUAAAGACGGUAGUCUUCAGCAGCUCCUGAAUGCAAAAGGUGAAGCCUAUGACUAUGACCUUAUUGUCAUUGGAGGAGGAUCUGGAGGCCUGUCCUGUUCAAAGGAAGCUGCCUCUUUGGGGAAAAAGGUCAUGGUUUUGGAUUAUGUUGUCCCCACACCAAAAGGAACCACUUGGGGUUUAGGAGGAACAUGCGUAAAUGUUGGCUGCAUUCCUAAGAAACUGAUGCAUCAGACUGCCGUGCUGGCCACAGCUGUGCAGGAUGCACGCAAAUUUGGCUGGGAGUUUGAUGAGAAAGUCAAACACAACUGGGAGACAAUGAAGACAGCGGUGAACAACUACAUUGGCUCACUAAAUUGGGGCUACAGGGUAUCACUGAGGGACAAGAACGUCAAUUACGUCAACGCCUACGCAGAAUUUGUUGAGCCACACAAGAUCAAGGCAACAAACAAACGAGGGAAAGAGACAUUUUACACGGCAGCAAAGUUUGUCUUGGCAACAGGCGAAAGACCGCGCUACCUCGGCAUUCCUGGAGACAAGGACUACUGCAUCACAAGUGAUGACCUCUUCUCCUUACCUUACUGCCCUGGGAAGACCCUGGUUAUUGGUGCAUCUUAUGUGGCUCUGGAGUGUGGCGGCUUCCUCGCUGGACUGGAUCUUGACGUCACCAUUAUGGUGCGCUCUAUUCUGCUGAGGGGCUUCGACCAGGAAAUGGCCAACCGUGCUGGUGAACACAUGGAGGAUCACGGUGUCAAAUUUGUCCGCAAAUAUGUUCCAGUAAAGAUAGAGCAGUUGGAAGCAGGCACUCCCGGCAGGCUGAAGGUGACGGCUAAGUCCAUUGAGACCGAUGAGGUCAUUGAGGAAGAGUACAACACUGUAUUGAUAGCAGUAGGUCGAGACGCAUGCACUGACAAGAUUGGCUUGGACAAGAUAGGCGUCAAAGUUAACCCAAAGAAUGGCAAGAUCCCCGUCAGUGAUGAAGAACAAACAAAUGUGCCCCACAUCUACGCCAUCGGAGACAUCUUGGAGGCCAAGUGGGAACUAACCCCCGUUGCUAUCCAAGCCGGCAAGUUGCUGGCACGGCGCCUUUACAAGGGUUCAACACUCAAGUGUGACUACAUCAACGUUCCCACCACUGUGUUCACUCCGCUGGAGUAUGGCUCAUGUGGCCUGUCUGAGGAGAGAGCCACAGAGUUGUACGGACAAGAAAACCUUGAGGUAUACCACAGUCUUUUUUGGCCUCUGGAAUUCACUGUGCCUGGCAGGGACAACAACAGAUGCUAUGCCAAGAUUAUCUGCAACAAACUAGACAAUGACCGAGUCAUUGGCUUCCACUACCUUGGUCCCAAUGCAGGAGAGGUAACGCAAGGCUAUGGAGUAGCCAUGAAAUGUGGUGCAACAAAGGCACAGCUGGACGGCACCAUUGGCAUCCACCCGACUUGUGCUGAGGUCUUCACCACUUUGGAAGUGACCAAAAGCUCCGGCGGUGACAUCAGCACGGCUGGUUGCUGAGGUUAAACCCUGCUUGUUUAGCAGGGUGCUCUCAUUCGUGACCACAGGAGUGGAGGAAGUCCGAGUACAAACUCCUCCUCCCUGACCGAUUUGAUAUGAGGGCACUCUGCUUAACAGCGGGGUUACUUUGCUGGUAAUUUACUCGGCUCCAUUAGUGUCUUUCUCUGAGGAGCUCAGCAACUCACAUCACUCCUUGUGACGUGUUUGUGUGUGCCUGAGCUAUUUGUGACGUUCUUGCCCGUAACCCAAAACUCUGAGGUGGGCAAGGAUCGAUGUCCCUCUGUAGAAGUUCACGAUGGUCGGCCAAUCCCUACGUCCAAACCUUUUUUUUUUUUUUUUACAGCCAUGACUCAUCAAAUGGUAACACGACGAAACUUAAAAUUGAUACAGAUUAUUACGAAGCCCCAAAGGGACAUAGAGAAAAAAAUUGUUUAUACAUUUAAAAAAAAAUUUUAAACAUGUAUCUCGUGCGCACAAGAAACUUUUUAUAAAGUUAUAAGAAAA